AUGGAGGAAAUGGGGAGCUGUUCGAGUGUGUAUAAUAUAGCUCUCACCUACGUUCUUUUCCAUACAGGCUCUUAUACCAAAAUUAUCAAAACAUCAAUUAUGGAGCUAACACUGAGCUUAUGGCAUAGUCGAAUGCUUCUGAAGCGUGUACUACUAUCCAUGUUUCCUUUCUUUGUUGUUGCCAACUCCUUAAACUCUGUGCAGCAGCCGUCACCUUCCUGCCAUGAUGAUGAGAGCUUCGCCUUGCUCCAGUUUAAGCGAAGCUUUGUCAUCGACGAGUUUGCUUCUAUUGGUGAUGAUGCUUAUGCAAAGGUAUUGUCAUGGAAACCAGCUGCUGCUAAAGGAUGCUGCUCAUGGGACGGGGUCGAGUGUGAUAAGAGGACGGGUUAUGUGAUUGGCCUUGAUCUUAGUAGCAGUUACCUCUCAGGAUCUAUCAAUUCCAACAGCACCCUCUUCCACCUUGUUCAUCUUCAGAGGCUGAACCUUGCUGAUAAUGACUUCAAUCAAUCUCAAAUUCCUACUACCAUCAGGAAUCUUCCAAUGCUUCAUUAUCUCAACCUCUCUGGCUCUUUCUUUUCCGGUGAUAUUCCAUCUGAAAUUUCUCACUUGUCCAAGUUGUCCUCCUUGGAUCUCUCCGACAAUACUGAUAUUACCGGUGAAAGAUCGCUGAAGCUAAACCAGUCCAAUCUAAGAAGGCUAGUUCAAAACUUAACAAGUGUAGAACAGCUUCAUCUCAGCUCCGUCCUCAUUUCUGCACCAGUACCCCAUUCCAUGGCAAAUUUAUCAACUUUGACAUCUCUUCUCCUCGAGUAUUGUGAUCUGCUAGGCGAAUUCCCGGUAAGUAUUUUAAAAUUACAGAGUUUAAAGUUUCUCAAUGUAGAAUCCAAUCCAGAUCUCGUAGGCUUUUUUCCAGCAUUUGAACAAACUAGUCCUCUCAUAUCACUCAGAGUUUCCAGAACAAGGUUUUCAGGAGUCCUUCCUUUUUCAAUUGAAAAGCUUCAGUCAUUGAACGAAUUAGUUGCCAGUCGUUGCAAUUUUUCCGGAUUGCUUCCAUCUUCACUUGGAAGUCUUAGGAAGCUGGUUUAUUUAGACCUUUCAAAUAACACACUAACUGGCUCCAUCCCUGCUUCUUUGACAACCCUUACCCAACUUUCAUAUCUGUCCCUUGAUAAUAAUCAUUUCAGCGGCUACAUCCCAUCUUCUCUUGGUAAUCUCACCCAGCUCACAACACUUUUGCUAGCAACAAAUCAAUUAACUGGUCCAAUCCCACCAUCUCUAGGAAAGCUUACCGAACUCACUGAGUUAGACCUCUCUGGUAAUGGUAUCAGUGGUUACAUCCCAUCUUCCAUAGGAAAUCUCAACCAGCUAGAAAGACUUUCGCUUUCAUCUAACCAACUUACUGGGCCGAUCCCAUCUUCUAUUGGAAAUUUCAGCAAACUAAUCGAGUUGGAUUUUUAUUCAAAUCAUUUGAACAGUUCCAUUCCCGAGUCCUUAUUCAAUCUCACAAGUAUCGUGACACUUUAUCUAGAUAGUAAUAGAUUCAGUGGAAAAUUGAAUUUUUUCAUGUUCCAAAAGCUGCAAAGUCUCCUCAUACUGUAUCUAUCUAGAAAUAAAUUGGAAUUGUUGCUCGAAGAGACAAGAUAUACGAAUGCAACAACAACAUUUCCAAAUUUUAUAACUCUAGGACUGGGUUCUUGCAACAUAACUGAGUUCCCGAGUUUCCUAAGAUAUCAAAAAAACUUGCGAUGGCUGGAACUUGCUGAGAAUGGAAUGCAUGGCCAAGUACCGAGAUGGAUGUGGAAUGUAAGCACAGAAAGUUUGACAGUACUGAACAUUUCUCAUAACUUCCUUUCUGGCUUUGACCAUCCUCCAGUAGUUCUUUCAUGGAGCGGCUUACAACUCUUGGACCUUUCAUCGAACAUGAUUCAGGGAUCACUACUGAUACCUUCACCAUCCAUCAAGUACUAUGUAAUUUCAGACAACAAGCUAAGUGGACAAGUUUCACCUCUGAUAUGCAACCCGACUUCUCUGGAGUACCUUGAUUUGUCAAAUAACAACUUGAAUGGAAUACUGCCGCAGUGUCUCGGGAAUUUCAGUGAAAACCUGCGAGUCUUACAUCUUGGAAACAACUCUUUUGAAGGCCACCUCCCACAAGCAUACACAAGCAAUCUGAUCAUGAUUGAUGUUAGCAACAAUAAGCUGCAGGGAGUAUUGCCCAGGUCAUUGGUGAAUUGUGUGAUGCUUGAGUUUCUUGUUAUAUCAAACAACAAAUUCAAUGAUGUUUUUCCUUCUUGGUUGGGAGUUCUCCCAGGAUUGAGACUCUUGGCAAUGCACCAUAAUCGCUUCCAUGGGUUGAUCAGGAAACCUGACAAGAAUCUAGGUCAUUUCCUUCAGUUGCAUAUUCUUGAUGUAUCUUUUAAUAAUUUCUCAGGCAACUUCCCCUUUGAAUACAUCUUCUCUGGGAAUGCAAUCAAAGGUAUCACUUCGGAUCAGCUCACAUACAUGAAGACAACUGCAGAUGUUGUUUAUGAUCCUUCAUAUGGCGGAGGGUAUUUCUCCUUCACAAUGACAAGUAAAGGUACAAACAUAUUCUAUCGAAAGAUUCCAGGGGACUUUGCAGCCAUCGACAUCUCAAGCAACAAAUUUGAUGGGAAGAUUCCUGAAUUCAUUGGGGAGCUGACGGGGCUUCGUUCGCUGAAUAUGUCCAACAACAUUUUCAGUGGUUUGAUCCCCUCAUCCUUGGGAAAAUUAAAGUUGCUGGAAUCAUUGGACCUUUCGCAGAACAAACUCUCAGGGGAUAUCCCUCGGCAACUGGCACAGAUUUCAUUCCUUGCAAAGUUCAAUGUCUCUCACAACAAUCUCAGAGGUCUUAUCCCUCGUGGAACCCAGUUUGCUACAUUUGAUAGUACUUCAUAUCAAGGAAACCUGGGGUUAUGUGGAGAUCCAUUGCCAAAAAAAUGUGGCAAUGAAACUUCCCAAUUACCACCUCCAGCAGAAGAAGAGGAAGAUGAUUCGGAUUCUGGUAUUGAUUUGGAUUGGAAAUUUGUUCUGGCAGGAUCUGUGAGUGGCAUACUAGUUGGAGCGCUUCUCGCAGAUGUGCUUGUCACAAGGAAGCGUGAAUAUUUUCUUGAGAUUGUGGGCAUUCUAAUCAGACAAAGGAAGAAAAGAGGGAAAAGGACUUGGAGAAAAUGA